AUCGAGUUAUUCGCAGAGAAAUAUUACAGAUGCUAUAGAACGAGAACGUUAUGCUUAUAUUAGCUAUUUUUAUAGUGCUUCUACCAGCUACGUAUGCACACAAGACCAACUGCUAUGUAUGCAGCUUCUCUCCUAAAGAUGCAACAAAUCGGACAAGUCUAUGUAAAGAUGAAGAGAUCGCACCAAAUUUAGUAUCAACGAGCGAAUGUGAUUACGGUUGCCAGACAUAUACUCAAAUAGAUAGCAAUGGUGUAUUUGAACAUGUACGUAGAAAUUGUGCACAACCCGAUUCAGGAAUAGACUACGGAACAUGUAAAACAGAGGAGUCUAAUAUAUACAAAUCAGUAAGAUGUGUUUGUAAUACAUAUUUGUGUAAUGCUGCCUCAACUUUGACUCAUGCAAUCAUUUUAUACACUUUCAUCCUAUUAAUAUUUCAUUGUUUUUGAGGAUUUUGUUCGCUGACUGAUAGCUGCUGCUGCUGCUACUGCAAUUUUUAUUUCCAAAAAGACAUUUUUUGUUGUAAAUCGUUUGUUGAAAUAUUGAAAUCAAAAAUAGUGUAAUGGGAAUCUUUUUUUCCCCAUUUAUGUGUGUUUCGUGAAGUGUACAAUUUUUUCUUCAUGUGUUUUCAUUUAUUUUUCUCUUCAUAUAUCAUACAUGUUCUUCAUUACGUUAAGAUCAUAAGACAUUUUUAUCUGAUUUAUUUAUCAUUUAUUUAUAUUGCCCUGGCAUAGGAUGUUGAUAUAUUUCAAUGUUUCUAUUAUUUUUUUAAAGAUCAUUUGAUUUUAAUGCCUAUUUAAAGUAUUAUAAUGUUUUCUCGUUCUAUAAACUAAAAUCUGGCGUGAUGAAAACCUUUACUCCUUUCUCGUUUCCUAAAAAUAUUUUCUUUCAAUGUCUAUUUAAAUUACCAUAGUGUUUUCUUGCUCUUUAAAUUACUUUCAGUUGUUCAAUAAAUGGACCCUUCAUCCUAAUUCUUCAUGGAGAAAAAAUCUUAUAUCUUUCCUUGUUUUUAAAUUUUUUUUAAACCUAUUCAAAUUGCUGAAACGUUUUCUCGAUCUAAAAACUAGCUUUAUUUGUUGGAGACAUUUACGAUGGAUCUUUCAUCAGAAUUUUUCAGAAUGAAAAUCUUGAAUCUUUUCUCAUUGUUGAAAAUAUAAUUUUUAAUGUCUAUUUAAAAUACUGAAAUGUUUUCUUGUUCUCAAAAUUACUUUCAUUUAUUCAAGUUAAAUAUAAUGAAUACUUCAUUGAAAUUCUUCAGAAUGAAAAUCUUGAAUCCUUUCUCAGAUUCUAAAAAUAUUUUAUAUUGAUACCUAAUGUGCUAUACUGUUUUUUUUCCCCCUCCAAAAAAUUACUUUUAUUUGUUCAUGACAUUUGUAAUGAGUUCUUCGUAUUCUUCAAUCCUAUAUUAUUUCUUAGAAAUAGUUUCUUUUAAUGUUUAUUUAAAUUAUUACAAUUUUUCUGCUCUUCUCCUUUGUGUGAUCAAAGUAUUUAUGUAAAAAAGGAUUCUUUAUUAAGAUUCUCUUAAAUGAAAAUAUUAAUUUUAAUGAUCAAUUGCUUUUUAAAACAAACUUAUUCUGAUCUAGAAGACUAUACAUGCAGUUAGUUGUACAUUAUCAUUUAUUGAAUAUAUCAGUGAUAUGUUGAACUAAGACAUUUGUAAAAUUUGGCAUUAUUUCCUCUUCACUGUGAUUGUGUGGUAUUUAAAUGUAGUCAAAAUAUUUUAAUGAAAAAUAAUGAAAAUACAUGUGAUAUUUUCUUCAUAUUUUAACACAAUAUUUUUAUUUAAAUGAAAUUUGAAUAUGUUUUUAUGGAUAUCAUCUUUUAUAAGAAAGUGUAUUUCCUUGUAUUAAGCAAUUCCAAACAUUUUCACAUUCUUUAAUCUAUCUUGUAUCAAUAAUAUUAAUAUAUUAUUAAUUAAUAUAUAUAUAUUAUAAUAGUAAAAUAUAUUAUAAAUUAAAUUUAAAGUUAUAAGGAAAGAAAGUGCUUUAUAUUAAGUGAAUCCCUAGUAAUCAACAUCCAAUACCUUAACAAUGCACCUUUUCAAUUUUAACUCUUGUUAUUAAACAAUCACUUUAUACUAAUAAAAAAAUUCUGGAAUAA